AUGGGCGUACCUCAGAGCGCCGAAAAGAGAGAGAUCCGAAAGGCAUUUAUGGGCCUGUCGCUGCUGGUCUAUCCAGAUCAUAACAUGGGAUACAAAGAGCCUUUUGAUGCUACUUUCAAGAUUGUAAUUUCCAAUAUAAGCCCAGAGAUGACUGGCGCCAAACAUUCAGAGAUUGCAGCAGCAAGAAGCCAGGUUGAAGAGGAUAGAGUGGUACCAGAGCCAGGCCUUGUACCGCACGAGACUGGUUUCUCUACGAGAGCAAGUCGCGGAACUGAGACGUGGUCUCGAGAAAUUUCGCGGAACUCGAAAUUCUAUCUUUACAAACACGGAACAGGAUCUGGCGGAGAUGAGGUCCCGUUUAUGGAUGUCGAGGAUCGGCAAAAGUUCGCGAUUGGAUCGGUGUAUAGAUAA